ACAGUUUAGGUCAAAUAGGCCGAACCCACCGGGCCUCGCGCUCCAUCAGCCAAAUGGAACCGCGGCCGCCGGUCGUCCUGACGCCUGUGCUCAAACGCUGAUGAACCAUGGCAACGGUGUUUCUGCGUCGCGCCUGCUGCUCCAGGUGGUCCCAGGAGCAACCGUCCCUCCAGCAGAGUCCACUGGUGUCGGGCCGCGAUGGCAGAGGCCUCGCUGACGGUCGUUGCAGCUGCUGCUCUGCUGCUGCUGAAUGUGCAGCUCAGCCGUUCGUGCGAUGAGGAAGGACCCGUCUUGAUCUGCACCAGCCUCCCACCAUACUUCAGACCUGGUUAUUCGACGCUGAUGAUGUACCUCAGAGACGCUGGGGACAUUAACGCCACCGUGUUUGGCAGCAGCAACCUCAGCUCUGUGAGCAGGCUGGUGAUGAACAGCGCUGGAGUCACGGCCAUCGCCGACGGCGCCUUCGGCUCCCUGCGCGGCCUCACGCGCCUCAGUUUGAACGACAACGCCCUGAAGCGGGUCAGCCCGCGCUGGUUCGGCCGUCCUGACGUCCUCACGGAGCUCAACCUCACAGGAAACCGGGUGGAGGCUGUGGACGAGUCGAUGCUCGCCGGCCUCAACCUCACGAAGCUCAGUCUGAAUAACAACAGAAUUGCAGCCGUGGCCCCCGACACGUUCAGCUCCCUCGCCUGCUUGGCUGAGUUGGACCUGUCUGACAACAGGUUGACCCGGCUCUCGCCUCAGGUCUUCGGGUCCGCGAGGGUCAGGCUUCACAGGAACCCGUGGGACUGUACGUGUGAGGCUGAGGACUCGGUGGCCUUCCUCACAGAGCUGUGGAGCAGAUCUCUGCUGGACGCGCAGAUGGAGGUGACCUGUGAGAGUCCUCCCCCUCUGAGGGGGAAACCUGUGUGGAGCGUGUCUGUGUGUGGGACUCAGACCCACACCUUCAGCACAGCCCCUGCGUCCGGCGGCACCGCUGCUGCUCCUCUUGCAUCCUCCUCUGCAGCGGCAGCUUCUCCAACACGACCAGAGUCAGAGACAAAAACCUCUGUCGGACCCAAACCCACCGACACGGUCACAACAGUAACUGUAAAGACGACGACUGAUGCGACUCCGUCUCCACUGACAACUUCAGGAACCAGAACCUCCGUCCAGACCAAACCUUCUGACAACUCCUCACAGACACAAGUCACUGAACCGUCUUCACAUCCCUGCUGCACUCUGGUCGUUGUCAUGGCGAUCCUCUGUGCGCUGCUGUCGGUGCUCGUCCUCCUGGUGGCGCUGCACAGGAGGAAACGCAGCAGUAAAGCAGUGCUGCCUGGUCGUCCACAUGGAGACAGGAAGGAGGCUGAGGAAGGUGGAGCAGGGCCACUCCAGCUUCCAGGACACUCUGAGGCCACGGGGCCUUUUACUGGACCCAGAGCUAAGUCAGCUGGCGCUGUUCUCUUAAGGGCCUGCGUUUGUCCGUCAGGGAAAGAUCAUGUUGGGCAAAAAGAACCAGAAGCUCGUGACACAGACGCAGGAAGCCCAGCUGAAGGGAAGAACCUGCCAGUGAGUGAAGCUGGAGCUGAUCCAGAAGCUCGACCAGAAGGUCUCACAGACCCUGAGGAACGAGCUGAUUCUGGUGAAGAAACAGGUGAAAACACUGAGACGGUGCCCUACCUGAGCAUCGGUACCAAGCCAGGCGACAGCAGCCAACUGUCCUCAGACGGCCGGGGUCAAAGGUCACUGAAGGGAAACGUCAUGGGGAGGAUCUCCACCUGGCCUCCCACUGCUGCUCAGUGGCAGGACAGGUGUAAGCUGGAGGAAGAGGAGGAGGAAGAGGAGGGGUCUGACGUCUGCACUGUUUGGACACAAAAUAAAAUGUUCAAGUUCUCAAGUGAAAUCGAGGAGAUGGUAAACAAAGUGGAGCCUGGUUCUGGUUGCGACUGGGCCCAAAAAGAAGGCGGGGAAACUGAGAAAAAUCAAGCAACUCCCCCUACGAAGAGCAAGGCUCCGAACAGAUGCUCUGAGUCCAGUUCAGUCAGCGAGGCUCACGUCGACGCGGCGCCGGAGGAGCGGACGGACGAGGACGCGGCCGCCGGGAGACGCACGGACGGACGACGGCAGCGCCGCGUCUGCAGAGCUGCAGACGAUCCACCGAACGAGCCCAGUGUGAGCAGCGACGAGGCCGAACGGAGGCGUAGAGCAAAGGGAGCAGCUGCGAACCCACAGAGAGGAGGCUCAACAGCGCCCUCUGCUGGAGCCACGCACCAGUCCGCCUUCAUGGACCUGCUGCAUGAAGUGGUGCAGAACAACGGCCGCUGGACCCGAGAGCGGUGGAGGCAGAUCCACGUCAACAGGCAGCGGCGCUAGAGCGGAGUGCCUUCACCUUUGCUGGUAUUUAGCUCUAAUUUAGUUUAAAGUUACAGUCAACUUCACGUAAAACAAAGCAAAUAUCUGAUCGUUUGACAUUUUCUGGAAACAAUGUCACCUGAAGCAUAUUUCCCACACUGUCAGACUAUUCCUGUGGUGGUGGGUAAAUCAUAGCGUCUUUAUGAAAUCAAAACUAUUAUUUCUCGUGUUGAGUGGAAAUAAAGACCUCAAAGCGUU